AAAUGUUAGAUUGAAGUAUUGUCAGUAGGCAGCGCCAAUUUAAUUUGACAAUUGACAGAAUUAAUCAGUGUUCCUAAUAAACAAUAAUUUUCAAACUUCAAUAAACUUUAUAACGGAAAAAUAGUAUCAGUACAGUGUUUCUCCAUCAAAUAGGUUUUAUCUGUUCCUAACCUCAAAUCAUGAGUGCUAGAAGAAGACGUUCAGGGGGGAGAAAUCGCCGAAUGUGGCUACCUCGAGGACUACCCUUUCGACCAACAGAAGCAGAUUUGGACGAUAUGCCUUUAUCUGCGUGGGCACAAUUAGGUGCUAAAAAGUCUGCCCCAAAAAAGACUCCACAAAAAAGGAGAAAGAACGAAUCACCAAGAGUCGCCCCAGAGACGCCUGUUGAAACUAUAACCUUGGAUGAGAGUAUUGAAAAUAUUGGUAUUGUGGAAAACGUCAAUUCAAAGAUUGAGACAUUUAUGGAGACAGCAAGUUUUCUUUCAAGUGAUGAGGAGGAAAUCGAAAUGAUCAAGGCUAAAACUAACAAAAAGCCUGUGCCAAAUCAGUUUUUCAUUUCAGACGACUCUGAUGAUGAAAUCAAAAUCGUAAAUGUGGAUAAAGUAGCAAAUACUAAUAAUAGUACUGCUGGGACUAGUACUAGUACAUUCAAUGCUCCCAAAGCAAAAGUCUCAGAAGAUGAUGUUAUGAACCUUAUUGAUGCAGUUCUAGAAAACUCAAACUCAGGUAGUACAGCAUUGGCAAAUGAUGUGAAAAGUUUGGAAGACUUGACGAAAGAAACGGAAGAAAUGUUGAAAAAUGCAACUUCACUUUUAGAUGAAUUUAAGACUAGUAGGAAACCUGAACCUGAAGUUAAAAAAGUAGAAUCUCCUAAAGUAAAAAUUGGGUCUUGUCCAAUCUGUUUAGAAUCUCUGAGUGAUCGCCCUGCAGCUGUUACAAUAUGUGGCCACGUUUUUUGCAAAGAGUGUAUUACUGAAACAGCUCGAACUAUGAAGAAAUGUCCAACUUGCCGAAAAACAAUUACCGCUAAAAAGAUUCAUCCAAUUUAUUUGUAAUAAUUAAAUUUGAAUAAUUUCUUUUGUAUUAAUAAGCUCACGUUUUAAGUUGGUAUUUUUUUUAUUCAUGCGACGCUGAAAUUUACAUUAUGUGACACGUUUUUUUAGUUUUGGUAAUUAAUUUUGAAAAUGUGUUGUACAGAUUCCGUUGCUUGAAACCUAUUCACUUCAAAACAUUGUCUUAAGUUUGUAAAAUUGAAAAUUUGAGCAAAAUUGAUGCAAAUCAAUAGAAAGUUUGGUAACUGGUUUUAUAAACUAUUUCACUUGUUCCUAUAAAGAUAAUAUUUUCCAAUUUGUUGUAUUAUUACCUUUUUACGUAUCCUCUUGAAGAAAAUGAAACUAGAUUUUAAGGUGUUUCACUGUUUCAUCUUGUUACAGUUAUUUAAAAACAACGAUCACUGUUGUAAUUGUAAUUUUUUAUUACCAAUAACAUAUUUUUUUCCUUUU